AAAAAAAAAAAAAAAAAAAGGGCCUAAGAGGAAAUCCAAUAAGCAGCAUAGGCAGAGGAUAUCGUCGGGCAAAAGAAGCUGUGAAACAAGACGUUGAUGAUCAACCUGUCCUAGGGUUCCAAUCCUCCCAACUGCUGAACCCAAUUCUUCCCUCGUCCGAGAUAAGACGAUUUUGGUUCACGCUGCAGAUCUCAUUUUGCUCCGUGCGAAGAUAGUAAAUCCCUCCUCUUAUACAUUGUAUGCAAGUUUUUCCGGGAAAUUUGCAAUUCUGAAUAGAGCAUUUCCAUGGUUGAAUAUGAAGGAUAUCCAAGUUAUGUAAGUUCAAUAUAAACAUCUUGCUAUUCGGUGGAUUUGAGAUAUUUGGUUUCUUUCGAUCAUGAACGGAUGAUACCUUUCUGCUGAAUGACGCUUUUCAAAGAUCAAGCAAUUUACUAGGAAUACAAUGGAUUUUUUCAUCCAUGAGAGCGGUGGCACUGUUGACAAUGAAUUGCAGCUGUAUGGGAAAAAGAAGCCUCGGAAAUACAAUGAUUGAGGUAGUGAGGGAAUAAGUAAUGAUUUUAGAAGACAGAGAGAUCUUGGAAACGAGGCCUGUGGGCCUGUUUCCGUGGUGUGCGGAAAAACUAAGGUUGGGGGCUAAUACAUCCGACAUCUGAAGAAUUGAAUGAUUAGAUUCGUCAUGCAGAUUGUUCUUGGAAGAAAUGUGGAGUUCCUCAAAUAAUAUGCACCCAAUCAGUAUUUUGAUUUCUUGAAUGAUCUUUUUUCAAAGUUGGUUUGUGCAAGAAACCGUAUUGGUAUUUGCUGAAGGUAUUUUUGGUGGCCUGUGAAGUGAAUUUGAAGUACCUUUGUGGAUUAUUUGUAGUUUCUGAAUAAACAAAGAGGAAUGUCCCUUAUUUACUUUUCGAAAUUUGUUGUAAUUGACUGCAUUAUGCUUCUAUAACUGUUCUUUUGAAGGCCUCUUGAAUGGUUGCUUGACUGUUCUUCGAAAUUUUCUGUUUGUAUAGCAAAAGCCCAAAUCUUCCCUUCCUGCAGUUUGACUAAUGUUAGGUCUACAUCUUGAGAUGUCAACAAGUGGAACAUUCUUCUGUUUAGGUUGACCAUUAGUUUCCAUUGAUAUUGAUCUACCAAAAUAGGCUGUCGAGGAGUUCUCUUCAUGAGGUGAAAGAAGAAUGGGCAUUGAUAAUUUACCAUCAUUUCUUUAGUCACUUAAUGAAUACCGAGGUUGAUACUCAUCUGGCUGUGGGCCAUAAGGCUUUGGAUUAUGAGAUUAGGUUGUCAUUUGUUUUCCAUGAAUAGCUUAGAUAGGAGUGAGACCUUGGUGCUCAUGUUAGAGAUAUUUGUGAUCUAGCAGAAGUCUUUGUUUUUUAGAGUAGAGAGCGUUUUUAGAAUUAGACAGCAAGGUUCAGUGGAGUGUGGAUUGGGUUUGACAUAUUCAAUGUUAGUUUAGUAAUUAUUGAAAUUCCCCGUGUGGGUAUGGUGUGAUUUGAAGCUUCUUAAGCCAAGUGAUGGACUUAAUUUGGGGUGCUGGAUUUUCGGAAGUGCCAGUGUAGCUUAGAACUUCCAGAAGCUUUCAAAACAUUAGGAUUUUGAGUAUGGCAGGGCGAAAUCGCUCAUCCCGCCACAUUGAUGGUUACCGAGUAUCCCGUGAUGUCCAUAGACCUUACAUAGACCGAGUACCAGCACCCCUGCCCAUUCAUCCUGCAGCUUUAGAGGAGGAACUUGACUUGCAACAUCGAGAAAUGCAGAGAAUUAUUUCUGAUAACCGCAUGGUUAUUGAUGAUAAUACAAUACUUCAAAGGGAAUUAUCAGCUGCAAAAGAAGAAAUUCACAGAUUGAACCAGGCUAUACCCAAAAUUUUGAAUGAUAAAGAAGCACAAUCCAGGGAGUUGCUUGAAAGAGGCUUGAAGCUAGAAGCUGAGCUUCGUGCUUCGGAGCCUUUAAAGUCUGAGGUUAUGCAAUUAAGAUCUGAGAUUCAGAAAUUGAAUACUUUGAGGCAGGAUUUGUCUUCUCGAGUCCAAAGCCUCACAAAGGAUGUUACUCGAUUACAAGCUGAAAAUCAGCAGCUAAAUGCUAUGAGAGCAGAUAUGGAUGGAUUGCACAAGGAGCUUAUUGAGGCCAGGAGGGCUUAUGAAUAUGAAAAGAAAGCCAAUGAAGAACAAAUUGAACAAAAGCAGGUGAUGGAGAAGAACCUUGUUUCAAUGGCUCGUGAAAUAGAGAAACUGCGAGCAGAGAAGCUCAACAUAGAGAGAGCACGGGGAUUAGGUGCUGAGGGUUAUGGGAUCUUGAACAGAAGUCCUGAAAUGAGAUAUGCAGGUGGUGCAUAUGGUAAUAGCUAUGGUAGUUCUUGGGCACCAUAUGAGAAGCGUAGCCGACGUUAAGUUUCGAACUUCCUCUUAGAUGUCCAUUGGAGUUCAAUAUCUGGUUUGGCAUCUUUAUUUUCUCAGAGGAGAAGCUGCGUUUGCGAAGUACCAUUUUCAUGGUGUGAAGUAUGAACUAGUUAAGAUUGUUACUGUAGCUGCUCUUUUAGUACAUUUACUCUGUGACUAAAGUUCUGCUUUCAUUGCAUUUAUACUACGAGUUUUUCUUAUGCGAUUUUAUUUAGUGGCUGCAGUAGCAGAAAAAAAAUACAGAAAAGACUACUGGCUGGGGAAAACAGUGUUUGACGUUUUUCAACUAAUCUUUUCUUUUUUUUUUUUUUGUUUUAAAAAAAAAAAAAUAUGAUGGUUACUUUGCAGUCAAUUAGCAGAACAAAUGUUGGUGGAGAAGUUUGAUCUCGUGAAAAGUAUUGGGAUGAAAACAUAUUGUGGGGGAUAUAGUUUGAUUAUCAACCCUAUAUUCAGUGUUUUCCAACAUAUAUGCUUGUAUGGAGGGAUCCGGCCCCUUGGCUCAUGGAGAAGCUUUUAUUGCGUGGUUUUCAUUAGGUAUCCGGUUCCGCUGAGCUCAACGACCACCCUUUUUGAAUCAGCACAUGCCCGUGUAAGUGAGUUUCUUGACAAUACGUCAUGUAUGGAGGGGUUCAGGUUCAGUUGCUUCAUUGGAGAUAAGAAGAGCCUAUAUUGGUGACGGGAGUUUCAUGAAGGAUCCUGUCGUGUGGAGCAUUAGAUAAGGAAGCCUAUGUAGCUUAGUCGAAGAUAAGAAGCCUAUAAACAUUCCAGUACAUCCUAGGUUAAUGCCCCCUAUCUCAAUUUUGAGGAUCCUCAUUUCAUGACUGAAAUACUUCUCUACCUCAACUUCAUCAAACUGCUUGAAGCAGCAGCCCCUACUGCUGACUGCUAUCUAAGAAGUGCACAUGAGGGAGAGGUCUGUGGUAAUCUUAAAUUCUGAUUUUCUCAUCGUUGCGUUUUUAGCUACAACGACGCAACUGAUAUUCAUAUCAAGGGUCCUUCGGUUCCAGGCAUGGGAGGUUGGUUAAGCCUUAGUUUGUUAAGUUUGUAUUUAGAUGGUAUAGAAAAUAGGUUUGUUAAGUUAGAGUUUGUUAAACCAGUGUUUGGAUUGGUGUUCACUCUGGGUUUGUUCUGAUUUCUCCAUUCUAGUUUGUUAAACAUGGGUGGUUUGCUAAAAGUGUAUUUGGGUAGCAAAUUUGAAAUUUAUAAUAAAUAAUAGGUGAUAUAUGUA